AUGGCAUAUGUAGACUUGACAGAGCGAUGUCUAUUUGUAUUCAUUAUAUUCUUCAUUUACAUAUGUCAACAAGCUCAAAGUCAAUCAACAGGCGAUAGCAAUGCUGAUCAUAGUAAGAAACACCUAGAAGAACUCGAAGAAGUUAAUGAAGAUCUACGUGAAAAAGAAUUAGAAAAAAUUUAUUCAACAUCAAAAGCAAAUCAAUUCUUAACCCAUGAUAAAUGUAUGCAACGUAUGAAAUGUCCAGCUAAUCGUAAAGAAGAAUGUAGUGAAGAAUGUAAAGCAGGUAAUACAGAAGAAGAAAUUGAAGAACAUCAUGAAUUAACCAGAGGUGAACAUCGAAGUUCAUUAAGUAAAAUACCAAAACAAAAAUAUGACCCAAAUAUAAAGCUUAAAACACAUUCAAACAAAACGAUAUCAAAUAAUCGUACAGUAUCAAUUGAUCGUAGUUCAAGUGAUAAAGAAAAUAAUUUAUCAAGUCCACCUAAUGUAGCAAUACCAAUAAUUAAUACUUUAAAAGCAAAAAUAAAACCAUCAACAAAGAAAAAAACAUCACGAUCUCAUCUAUCGGCUAAUUCACGUAGACAAUCAAAGAAAAAACAAAAUAAUAAUAAAACUUCAUCAAAAAAUAAUAUUAAAUCAACACAAGGUAAUAUUAAUAAAAAUAAAAAUGCAAUACAUUCUCAUUCAAUCGAUACAAUUGAUACAACACCAUCUUUAUCCAUUGAAGAACGUGUUAAAUUACGUCGAACAAGACCAUUUCAAACACCAAUUAUACCUGUAUUAAAAAAAAAAUCUAAAUCUAAUCUUAAAAAACGAAUAAAUUUAUCCACAACAAACAAAAAUAUAAUUAAAUCGAAAAAAUUCUUUCUUGGAUCAGGUCUUGAUCUUGAUAAUAUUGUUCUUGGUAAUCGUCAACGACGUUCUGCAAAAACAUAA